CUUAUUUCAUUCCUACUGGGGUUGUAGUAAUAUGGAGAAAGAUGGUGGAAGAGAAACAGGCAACGCGAAAUCAUCUUCCACCAAAUACUCAUUCCGAGUGGAAUACUGCAUAAAUUCAAGAAAAGGAUUAAAGUAGUUGCUGUUUAUCUUUCAUUGUAGGUCUUAUAUGCAAAAGAAUUAAGAUAUUAUUUUUUUGGAUCUUUCCUUUUCUAGUGCAUAAAGGCUUUGUUGACAAUCGUUCGUAUCUCCCUUUAAUAUUGCCAAAACUCCCAAACUUACACAAUGUCUUCUUCAUUUUCGGAAGAGUGCACACCUGCCAAGCAAAAAUAUGAUACUUGCUUUAACGAUUGGUAUGUUAACAAGUUUUUGAAAGGAGAUAUUCGCAAUAGAGAUUGUGAUGAUUUAUUUCUUGAAUACAAGCAAUGUCUUAUGAAGGCUAUAAAAACGAAAAAGAUCGAGCCCUUGUUGGAAGCUGCACGUAAAGAGGAAUAAAUCGUUGUUUGAUUCAUUGAAGGUUUCUAUGAUAAAAGUUCUCCAGUUCCUCUUGCGUGCAUGUUUGUCAAUGAGAAUCAUCGGGAAGGAAUUGAUAAUGCAGCCUUCGUAAGGCUUUUUGGGAAUCAAAAAGAAACUCCUAAAAUUUUGCAAUUCAAAAUGCAUACGUAGCCAUUAGAGGUGACGCUUUUUACCAUUUCUUCUUUCAUCCUUGAUCCCUUUAUUUUUUGGUUUCGUGCUUUAAAGAUAUCUCGAAUCAAAUUUCUACACAUGAUAUUUAGUCUGUUCUAUGAAUGAUCAUCAAGAGAUUUGUUUACGACCAUCUGGUAUAUGAAAAUUUAAUGCACAUUCCAUUCGUAAUGAACCGUUGUUUUGAAUUCAGACUGUAAAUAUGUGCCACUUCUAUUU